AUGUUAACUGAAGAAUGCUGGAAACAACAUCUUUCUUUCUUCUUUCUUGACCCUUUUCCACCAUUGACUAUUAUUACUUUCUUAUCUUUUUUUUUUUACAUUAUCUUUCAUCGUCCAUGUAAUACCAUCAAUCUUCUUUUAUUUACUUCCAUUAUCACCUUCUUCUUCCUCUCCUCCUCCUCCUUCUUCUUCCUCUCCUCCUCCUUCUUCUUCCUCUCCUCCUCCUCCUCCUUUUUUUACGUUCACUUUUGUACUUUCCCUCAUCAACUUAAUUUUUGUCGUUUCUAUCUUUCUUUACUUCCCCCCCUCUCAGUGUUAUUCUCUCACUUUCUUAACUUCUCAUUUCUUUCUUUUUCUCAACCUGUUUAUAUUUUUCUAUUUUUUUCCGUUUUUCUUCUUUCUCCCCACAUGAACCUUCUCUUUCAUCUUACUUCAACUUCUUCAUCCUAUUUUAAUUCUUCUUCUUCUUCUUCUUCUUCUUCUUCUUCUUCUUCUUCUUCUUCUUCUUCUUCUUCUAUUAUUAUUGUCACUUUCUUCCUCCCGUACGUCUUUCUUUCGCCCCUUCUCCUUCUCUUCUCGAUAACCUUUCUUUUUCUUAUACGUUUUUAUCCACUUUUUUCCAUUUUCCUCCGUUAA